GUCGUCCACGAUGUGCGUGGUGAUCUCCGGGCGGCGCUCCGCCACCACGGGCGGCUCCAGCAGGUCGGCGCUCUCCGUCACGUGCACGUGCGUGGUGUAGCUGGCGGGCGCGAUGGGCGGCGGCGGCGGCGGCGGCGGCGCCAGGGACGCCGUGUAGCGCUGGUGCGACGUGUCCAUGAUCUCGCUCAUGGAGCGCGUGUCCGUCAUCUCGGUGUUGAGGCUGGUGAGCGAGCGCGCGGGCGUCAGCGACAGGUGGCGCUGCGGCGCGUCGAUCACGUCCUCGGCCUGCGACCAGUUGUCGUUGUCGGGGAUGGAGCGCUCGGACAGCGAGUCGAGCGCCUCGCGCGUCUGCACGUGCUCGUGCUGGCGGCGCAGGAUGCGCGAGUAGACGGGCGGCGUCUGCGCGUAGCGCACGGCGGCGGCGGCCGCGGCGGCGCUGCCGGCGGGCGGCGGGUGCAGCUCGGGCGCGUACGAGAAGGUGGUGACCUGCGGCUGCGGCGGGGGCGGCGGCGGCGCGCGCCGCUCCUCGCGCUCCAGGAUGGUGGUGAGGUUGCGCGCCUGGAUGCUCAUGGUGCUCUCCACGUCGGAGGGCGGCGGCGUGGGCGGCGGGGGCGGUGCCGCCGCCUUCUUGACGCGCACCGACACGUCGAAGCGCGGCUCGGGCGGCGGCGGCGCGACCACCUCGGCGUCGGUGCGCUGCGCGUAGCCCUCCGAGUAGAAGCUGGACAGCGCCUCCUGGUGCAGGAAGGCCUUGUUGUCGUAGGAGCCGGCCGAGGAGACGGUGCUGGGGCGGCGCAGCGAGCGCGUGUCCACGUCCUCCACCUCCGAGUGCGCCGAGCUGGGCGACUCGGACGGGUAGUCGCUGGGGAUGGUGUCGGAGUGGCUGCCGCCGGCCAGGAUGAGCUGCGCCUCCGAGCCCGACACGCUGGCGGCGGGCGGCGCAGAGAAAAGAAGAAGAAGAAGAAGGAGGAGGAGGAGGAGGAGAAGAAGGAGAAGGAGGAGAAGAAGAAGAAGAAUGAGGAGAAAAAGAAGAAGAAUGAGGUGAAGAAGGAGGAGGUGAAGAAGAAGGAGGAGGAGAAGAAGGAGGAGGAGAAGAAGGAGGAGGAGGAGGAGGAGGACUGCGACCAGUUUCGCAUCCCCGCUGCGCGGACGCUGCGAUCGCAGAGAUCGUCUGCCACGGAUCUGUCACGGACGCGCACACGCUGU